AUGUUACAACCGACUCCUGAGCCCAAGGCUCAGUCCCAGCCCAUCAUCAAGGUGGAAGAGGCGGCCAGUUCUCCGGAAGAAGACCCUCCCCUCCCGCUCAUCGCCCAGGACGACCGGGUAGCCAAGCUGCCAACAUGGCGCCGCUGGGUCAUCCUCUUCUCCGUGUGCUGGAUGGCCCUCCCCAUGGUCUUCCUCAGCACCUCCAUCAUGACCGCCAUGCCGGAGAUCGCCGCCAGCCUCAACACCACCACGACCAGCAUCAGCACCGCCAACGCCUGCGUCGUGGCUGCCAUGGCGGCGUCGGCCCUCAUCUGGCUGCCCAUCAGCGUCCUCAUCGGGCGUCGGAGGGCGUACAUUGUUGCCACUGUCAUUCUGAUACUCUGCGCCAUGGGGUGCGCCCUGGCGAGGAACCUGGCUUCUCUGACGGCCGUGUGGGCGAUUGGUGCCACGACGGGUCCCUUCUUCUUGGUUGCGGGCCAGACCAUCCUCGCUGAUAUCUUUGAGCCCACCGUCCGUGGUAUGGCCGUUGGUUUCUUCCUCGGCAGUUGCGUUAGUUCCCAGUCGAUAGCCCCGCUGGUCGGCAGUGUCAUCGCGACGUACACCACCUGGCGAGCCAUCUUCGGGGUGCUGUCGGGCAUCAGCUUCAUCGGGCUCGUCCUCGCCUACUUCUUCGUCCCCAAGGCGAGCGAGCUGUCCAACCUGAGCACGCACGAGUCGGUCGGCAGGAAGCUCUCCGGGCGGGAUGUCCUGCGGGCCUUCAACCCGUCUGCCGUGUUUUACCAAUGGAAGUACCCCGGUGUUAUCCUUUCGAAUCUUGCCUGUGGCUUGCUGGGACUCAACCAAUACGCCAUCCUCAGCUCCGUCCGCCACCUGAUCAACCCGCUCUUCGGGCUCACCUCCCCACUGCAGAGCGGUCUUUUCUACCUCGCGCCCGGCGUCGGCUUCCUGCUGGGGAGCAUCGUCGGGGGCAACGUCUCCGACAGGGUGGUGAGGCGGUACAUCGACAAGCGCGAGGGCGUUCGCCUGGCGGAGGACAGGCUGAACAGCACCCCGCUCUGGGUCCUGGGGGUCCUGCCCCUGGGGACGUUCCUGUACGGAUGGAGCAUCGACAAGUCGAUUGGGGGCAUGGGGCUCCCCAUCAGCGCUGCUUUCAUCCAGGGCUUCGGCUUGAUGGCGUCCUUUAGCGGGCUCAACACAUAUGCUGCAGAAUCAAACCCCGAAUACAAGACGGCCGUUAUCAGCGGCAAGUAUGUUGUCCAAUAUUGUUUCGGCGCAGUCGGAGUAGGGGCAACUGUUCCCCUAACUGAUGCCAUUGGAGCCGGGUGGACAUUCUCCAUCAUUGCGAUUGGCUCCAUCAUCGCAGCAAGCCCAAGCUUUGUGAUUUGCAUGCCGACAUGA